AUGCCUGGCCUAAGCCGCGUGCAGCAGGCAAAGCGGGCCUUGGUGACGCUGCUGCUCGCACUGGCCCGCGCGUACGGUGUGGACACGGCCGUGUCGCGUGAGUCGGCCGACGCCGAUGUAAAAAAGGCGUUCCGGAAGUUGUCGCGGCAUGUGCACCCCGACAAGGGAGGCAACCCCGAGGAUGCGCAGCGGCUGAAUGCAGCACGGGAUGUUUGGGAGGCCGCGCAGCGAGGAGGGCCACCACGGGGUCGCCCAGGUCCUGCUGCCGCCGUGCCAGCCGCAGUGGCGGACCCACGAGCGGCAGGCCUGCGUGUUCGCUCGGAAGCUGUCCUCCUGACGUACCAGAGCUGGUUGCCGGAGAGCGCGGCGCCUGUCUGGGAGCGGUUCUGCACAUUCGUGGCCGACCGCGUGGCUGCUUGGAAGGUCAAGUACUGGACAGCCACGAUGGAGACAAACAAGUCCGGCUCGCUCCACAUGCACCUCAUGGUCCAGUUCACACAGUCGAGGGACUGCAGUGCGGCGUCCUUCGCCUUCGACGGCAGACGCCCGAAUGUCAGUUCCCACGACUACCUCGGCGAGGGCGCUUGCAAGACCCGGAGCAAGCUUCAGCAGUCCUUUGACAGGGGCAUGUUUUAUGUCUGGGCGAACAAGGUCGGGACACUGCAUGUGGCUGCAAACUACGAACCUUGCUGGACAAGCGCAGCGCAGACCUACCAAGUUCUGGGGAAGUGGCCUGAAGCACUCUGGAAGCAGCGCAAGCUGACCCACCAGCAGUACGAGGCUUACCUCUACCUGACAAGGGAUGGCGUGCUGGCUCGGAAGCGGAACCUCGACGCUGUCAGAGACCACGAGGCGGGUGCAGCAGAGGAGGAGGCUAUGCAGGCCAACGUGCGACGUGUUCGGGCAAACCCCGCACUCUACCAGCCUUUCCCAGCCGUGCGCUCCGCGCAGGACUGGCUGGCCAUGUUCCGGGAGGACCGCCUGCGCUAUCCCCUGCUCGUAGUUUUGGGACGGUCACACACCGGCAAGACAGAGUGGGUCAAGUCCCUCUUUCGGAACCCUUUGGAACUCAAAGUCGGAGCGCUAGAGGUCUUCCCGGAAGGGAUGCGAAGCUUCGAGCGUGGCAAGCAUGACGGCAUCAUCCUUGAUGAUGUGCGAGACUUGGCGUUUCUAGCCGCUCAUCAAGACAAGCUUCAGGGCAAGUAUGACACUCGCGUGGAGUUUGCCACGACGCCAGGGGGGACAUGCGCAUUCACGAAGUACCUCUUCGCCAUUCCGCUUGCGGUGACUGUGAACUACAGCACACGCAACCUGGACUUCUUGGAGACACAUGACUGGCUGAGCCAUGAGGGUAACCGGGUUGUCAUCAAGGUAGCCAUUCCUCCGUCAAGCAACCAGUCCUCCUUGAAGGGUUCUGGCCACCCAUCUCAGCCCACGCGGGUGGUCAACUUGCGUGGCAAGGCACCCAGCGUGAGGCUACUGCAGCGGGCUCACUCCGACGUCAACCGGACUCUAGGUCAGAGGCAGUUCAAGUACAGCAACUGUGGUCGGAAGGCCGCGAAAGGCACGCCCAAGGUUCAAAAAUACCUUGUCCAACGGCUCCUUCAUCUUCGCAAGCGUACCACCUGCACCUCCAGCACCCUUCGCCGCGAGCUGCUGCGUGACAAGGGUGUGGAGCUGAGCGAGUCAGCCAUUCGGAAGAUUCUUCGGAGCCACGGGUACAAGUGGUUGCCUCGAGCGCAGAAGCGGAAGUACUCCGCCAAGCGGCAGGGAGAGCGUCUCCAAUUUGCCAAGGCGGUGCUGCGACUCACGAAGGCCAAGCUCCGUGAGAAGCUCUGCCUGGCAAUGGAUGGCGUGGUCCUCUCGCUGCCCCCUCGUGAUGCGACGGACCGUGCCAACUAUUGUGCUCAUGGUGACACACACAUGUGGCGGCUCCCAAGUGAGAGUGCUUGCGUGGACCUGGCCGGGCAUGACCCAUACCCAUUCCAGAUACCCGCGGACCGUAUCGUGCCAUUGUGGGGUGGCUUGUCGGAGGGCGGCUUUGCGAUCGUCACAUUUCACCAGAAGCGCAAAUUCACCACUUCCGAGUGGUGUCGCACGGUGAGGAGUGGCAAGUUAAAGAAGGCCAUCGAAGCCUUGAAGCCUGUGCAGCGU